AUGAGCAGUGAGGACAGCAGUUUAUAUAAACGGUUUGAGCAACUCAAGGCCGGCAAAAAAGAAGCUUCUCUCCCAAGUGAUGCCGAACUAGCUGCCAGAUUGGCACAUAUAAGGGGAGUAGACCAAACACAAAAAGCACUACAGUUUCAAGACAGUCUACUGUCCGGAAAGCGGAAAGCUUCAUAUGAUAUUCCAACUGAUGUAGUCCUAUCUGCCGAGGACAAAGACGUGGCUGACAUGUUACUUGAUGCAACUCUCUUGGAAGGUCUGGAUGUGUCAUUUGAAGACAUAGGAUUAAAAGUCCCAUCUCUGCCGCUUCCGAUCCUAUCCUCAACAACAAACUACUUGUCCAAGGAUGCAUUCAUUGAUGUUAAUCAAGUGCUUCUGACCUCGCCAGUUUUGCCAAAAUCAUUUAUGGAUCACCAAGCCAUCAAAUCCUGCGAUUUAGAUGCAAUGUCGUUGAUUGAGCAGUUUCAACAAGAGGUUAAACUGGAACAUCAAUAUGGCACUCAUGAAGAAUGGAAAGCAAAGCAGCUCAGCGAAAGAGUCAAGUCAUUGAAGGAGUUUUCUCCAGAAUCUGUAGCUGGAUCUGCCUCGAAACUACCUACAAAAACAGAUGUGCCAUCUGGAUCAAUCCCAAAACCUGCAUCCUUAUCUGACUUUGUAAAAGAUAACGAGGACACGGAUCUGUCUAGCGAUUGUACCAGUAGCUCCGAUAGUGAUUCAGAGGCAUCUUGA